AAAACAACGCGGACACCUGACACAGUCCUCUUUGCUUCCGUCUCCUUCUUCAUGCCAAAAGGACUGUAGAAAACAACCUCAACGACCCAUUCCGUCUCCUUUCCAUCAUCUUCUUCUUCUCAAAACCAUUCAUUAAUUAAAACCACAGAAAUCAACAUUCCCUAUACGUUUCUCAGGUUUCUUAAAUUUUUUUUGAAUGGCGAAAAGAAGUGGAUUACUUGAUCUUGAGAAACAUUUUGCUUUUUAUGGAGCUUAUCAUAGUAACCCAGUCAAUAUUUUCAUCCAUACUUUAUUAGUUUGGCCUAUUUUCUUCACAUCUUUGAUCUUACUCAACUUUAUACCCAUACCCUUUCAUCUUCUUCCUCAAAUUGAAGCUUCAGCAGCAUUUGGGAACUUGGUUUUGAAUUUUGGGUUCUUUUUUACAUUAAUCUAUGCUUUGUAUUAUGUAUUGUUGGAUGUUAAAGCUGGUUCAUUAGCUGCUCUUCUAUGUUUCUUCUGUUGGGUUGGAGCUAGUUCUGUUGCUCAGACACUUGGGUUCUCUCUGGCUUGGAAGGUAGUUCUGGGUGCUCAGUUGUUCUGCUGGACUGGACAAUUUAUAGGCCAUGGAGUCUUUGAGAAGCGAGCACCUGCGUUAUUUGACAACCUUACUCAAGCAUUUUUAAUGGCACCAUUCUUUGUUUUGCUCGAGGUUCUUCAGAUUAUCUGCAAAUAUGAGCCAUAUCCCGGUUUCCAUAAAAGUGUGCAAGCGAAGACUGAUGCUGAUAUCAAAGAAUGGAAAGAAAAAAAGGGGAAGAAAGCUUAGUGUGUAACAACUUUUUGUUUCCUUUAAUGCUGAUUAUCUAGAUGAACCAAAGGCUGGUGCAGAGACAUGUUCUAGCACCACAAAGAUAAGUGUGUAAAAUAUGUGAAUUUGUGACAUUCAUAGUAGCAUCAUGCCAUCACCAUAUAAGUGCUGUGAACCACUCCUCGCAUUACCGUAUAAGAUUGUCUAGUUACAGUAUGUCUCAAAACUGCAAUCAUCCUUGUGGAAUCAAAUGGAAUCUAAUAUACAAAACAA